GCCGAAUGGGUCAAGUCUAAAGCAGGGAGAAUUUUGGAGUGAAGUGUCGAGUGUCUAGUGGAUUUUAUAUUAUGUAAAAUUUAUUACAUAAAUUAAACGGGUUCUUACGAGCCCGUUAUAUGUUCUGAAAUAUAUUGUUUAUAAUCCUAAAGGAUUGGUGUAUUUGUAUGAGCCACAACGGGUAAAUUAAUCGUUUAAAGACAGACCUGUUUAGGCUUCUUGCCCCUGUUCAAUGUUUCGUGUGCAAGAGUGUUCGCAAGAAAUGUGAUAACUAUAUGAAGUUAAUGAACAUACAUGCAAUAAUUCAGCGCCGAUAGAAAUGAGCGGACGUCCAAGGACAACGUCCUUUGCAGAGGGUAACAAGCAACCACCCAAUCCUCCGUUAGGAGGCAUGAAAAUAAGUAGUCUUUACUCAGGUAAGGAUGGCAGCAAGGUGACGACGGUGGUGGCGACCCCUGGCCAAGGACCCGACCGGCCGCAGGAGGUGUCCUACACGGACACCAAGGUCAUCGGCAAUGGCAGCUUUGGGGUGGUGUACCAGGCGAAGCUGUGCGACACCGGGGAGAUGGUCGCCAUAAAGAAGGUGCUGCAGGACAAGAGGUUCAAGAACCGAGAAUUGCAGAUAAUGCGGCGCUUGGAACAUUGUAAUAUAGUGAAACUCAAGUACUUCUUCUACUCCAGUGGAGAUAAAAAAGAUGAAGUGUACUUGAACUUGGUCCUGGAGUACAUACCAGAGACUGUGUACAAAGUUGCUAGACACUACAGUAAAUCUAAGCAAACUAUACCUAUUAGUUUUAUAAAGUUGUACAUGUACCAGCUGUUCCGGAGCCUAGCAUACAUCCACUUCCUGGGCAUCUGCCACCGAGACAUCAAGCCCCAGAACCUGCUGCUGGACCCGGAGACGGGCGUGCUCAAGCUGUGCGACUUCGGCAGCGCCAAGCACUUGGUGAAGGGCGAGCCCAACGUGUCGUACAUCUGCUCGCGCUACUACCGGGCCCCGGAGCUCAUCUUUGGCGCCAUCGACUACACCACCAAGAUUGAUGUGUGGAGCGCCGGCUGUGUCCUGGCGGAGCUGCUGCUGGGGCAGCCCAUCUUCCCCGGGGACUCCGGCGUGGACCAGCUGGUGGAGAUCAUCAAGGUGCUGGGCACGCCGACGCGUGAGCAGAUCCGCGAGAUGAACCCCAACUACACCGAGUUCAAGUUCCCGCAGAUCAAGUCGCACCCUUGGCAAAAGGUAGGGAAGGUGUUCCGAGCACGCACACCCCCCGAAGCCAUUGACUUGGUGUCGCGCCUGUUGGAGUACACGCCCUCUUCGCGCAUCUCGCCCCUUCAAGCGUGUGCCCACACCUUCUUCGACGAGCUGCGAGAAACCAACACGCGGCUUCCAAACGGGCGAGAGCUUCCUCCACUCUUUAACUUCACCGAGCAAGAGCUGAGCAUACAGCCGUCGCUCAACUCGGCCCUGCUGCCGAGACACGCCCAAGAGGGGAUGAGCGGGGCGGGCUCGAGUGGCGAGGGGGGCAGCGGGGCCGCGGGUGGCAACCCUGGCGGCUCGGGCGCGCCGGACGCCAACUCGAUGGCGACCGUGGACUCGCCGGCAGCGACCUCGGGAGCCGGGGCGGCCGCGAGCAUGGCCUGAACUCGUUCCGGACCGGUUCCGCAAACCUCUGGAGAAGCAUGGUUGGAGAGGCAUCAUGAGAAUUCUGAAAAUUAAAUGUACAUAUUAUUUUAUUGUUAUUGAAGAAACUGGUACUAAAGAUGAAAAAAACAAAUGCUAUGUUGUGAAAUAUUUUAAGUAACCAAAUUGUUGGAUGAAAAUGCUGUGUUUUAUGAGAAAUCAAAUUUCAAGUGUGUGUCUGUACCGUACGUAGUUAUGUUGGAUAGCGGGCACUUGCAGAGUCUGGCUGUAGUUUUAGCUAGCCUGUGUGUGUUCAGGAUUAGAAUUGGAAUCGAUUGAUUUCCGUGCCAGCCUCUAGCUUCUUCUUCGAGACGAAAUUUUUAUGUUGUCGGAGAGGUACCGUAACCGAAUAUGCCAUAUUCGAUAUGAAACAAGAUGUAUGUGUACUUGUAUCCGUGAAAAUCACUACAUUGCUUUACUUCACGUGGUUAGCAGCAAAUUAAAUGACCAGGUUUUUUCAAUAGGAAAGUUUGAAACAAGGUAACCUCUAAACAAUAUGUAUAGUAUAAUAGACCUUGUACAGUUAUUUCAUCUUUGUACGUACGUAAUAUUAUUUGUAUAAUUAGAGCAUUAGAUAGUAGAUGGGCAGUUUCCAUCCGGAAGAUGUGGAGUUUCGUGCUUGGCAUGUACAGGAAUGAUAAGUUUGAAAAUGUCUUUGACUAACUUAAUGGCUUUGAAAGAUACUGCAUAUUGCUCCGCUAUUUAAUGUACAGGUAUGAAAUUUAAAAUUUUAAGUACUUCAGUUUUUGUGAGAGAAUCAAAUUUGAUGUGAAGUAGUUAUUUGAUUGAUUUGCAAGAAGUGGUGAAAAGACAAUUAAAAAUAGAACAAAAAUAGUGCUUUUAUAUUGGCAUGAAAAUAGUGUAUAAAGUGUAUUUCAUUAUGCUUGUCGGCAGAAUUAUAUAUAAUUUUAAUGAGUCCACGAAUUUUGAAACUGUGAAAAAGUAUUUGGAUUGCUGAUGUUGGUAAAUUUUAGCAAUCACUGGAACUAUGUGUGCAAUUUUUAACUUUGUUUUUUGAAAUUAAAUAAAACAUUUGUUUUAAUAUUAAAUGUUUGUCACUGCAUUAAAUGCUGUUGUUUGAAUUGUUAUAAGAGGAUUGAAUAUCGACAUGCGUAUGGUGCUGUAUGCUUACAUCCGUCUUGUGCUUUCUUGCAAAGAAAGAGGAAAUAAUGAACUCUACCUUUUAACCAAACUCAGAUUUAAAUGUAGGAAACUGAGUGUUCGUGUUGUCUUUUCUGUUUUUGUUUUGCAGAGUUUGUGCUCGCAUGCUAAAUAUUUUUGUUACAGCCAACAGCUAUGUUAUAGUGUACAUACAUUAUAUUAUAUAUCUGUAUAUAUCAAACAAUAUCAAGAACUCUUGGUAACUGUUUCCAAUUAGAGGUCAUUACGAAAAGAAAAAAAUAAGGACAAGUGUUUUAUUAUGCUGUAGGUUUGAACUAUUUAAUAUCUAGUUACAAAAUUUCAGUAGAAAUUGGGAGCAACCACCUAUCUAUUGAAUGCUUGUCUAGCUACUAAGAGAUAUUAAUUUCCUUUUACAUGUCUUGUCUUGUAUGAAAAAGCCAUGAUUCAGUAAAGUUAACUGUUAAAAACUUUACACAAGUGUUGAUAGAACUGAAAAUUUUAAAUCUGAUUAAUGUGACAGCCAGUCCCAUGUUUCCUGCCAAUUUCUGCAUAACUUAAUCACUGCAAAUCCAAUUAUUUUGCCUAACUCCCAUUUCUCAACAGUGUAAUCACAGAGCAUGAUGUUUCAGUGACGUUUCGAUUGCUUGUAUGUUGCUAGAUUCAAGGUGUAAGAGUUUAAAAAUAUACAAACUAAACUAACAAGUUUCAGGGAAAGUGGUGGGCCAUCAGGGUUUUAAACCUUCAUGUUUUUAUUUAAAUAUUCACUUCAGUAUAGCUGUGAUGUUUCUUGCAAACAAGCCACUUGAGGUAGCUUUAUUUGAAAUGAAUAGCAACAAUUUUUAAUGUAACUUUUUUUAGUAGUUCUUUGUAAUUACUUCAUUUAGUGAGUUUUUUAUUCCAGAUAGAGAUAACAUCAUUUUAGUUUUACAAAGGAAAUAAUAUUUUCUCAGAUCAUAAACUACUUCAGUUAUAUCAUUUUAUGUAUAUUAAAGUAAUUUUUUAUGUUGUGAUGUAAAUGUUGCUAUAAUAUUAUGAUAUAUUUAUUGCCUUUAAGCCCUCUCUUGUACAAUCUCCUUAAAUCACUCUCUUCCUGGUUCUCUUAAGAAAAUUGUCAUUCAUCCUAUUCUCAUUUUGAUUAAUCAUUUUUAUAUUGGUGAAGUGUUAAGUGAACUUCAGUACAUUCAGUUGCAGUGUUUAACUAGUUAUUUCCGUUCUACUUUUCAUUUGGCCUUUUUGAAUUCAGAUUUUAAAUAUAUUUUUCAAAGAGUAGGCAGUAGGUACAUAAAAUUAAUAAAAAUUUGUUUGUUAAAAUGAAACCGUGAUAAAUCUAUCCCAUUUUGUUACCUAUUUGAUUCAAAUUUAGUUUUUUAAGAUCAGUAUUCAACCAUCCAGCUCUUUAUUAAUAAAAAAAGAUUUUUUAGAAGUACACAUUAAAAGAAAUGGCAUCCAAUUUCAGUAUAUUAGCUUUUCUCUGCCUCGUGUGUUUAUACUAAACAAUGAAAAGGCCAAGAUUUCAACUCAUUUGCAGACGUACUAUUUCACUAACAUCUUUUUAGAGGAACAUGUCAUUGCUAUGUACCCAUGUGAGAUGAUAAGAUUAGAACACCAAAGUGCAUUGCCAAAUUGUAUUGGCUGUGUCCCUACAAGAUCACAUUUGUCUACUUACCCCCACUAGCACUUAAAACUAACAUUUUUCAAUUUUUUUUAAUGUACAGUUUUGUUUUUGAAGAAAUACAAGAAAACAUUUUAAGCCAA